AUGUCGGGGGAGAUGGACCGAGUGUUCAAGAAAAUUAAUGAGGGACUGGAGAUAUUUGAUACACUCUAUGAGAGACAUCAAACUACAUCGAGCUCUUCACAGAGAGACAAGUUGGAAUCGGAGUUGAAGAAGGAGAUCAAGAAAUUACAACGGUUCAGAGAACAGGUCAAGAAUUGGCAAGCAGCCAAUGAAAUUAAGGAGAAGGAUAAGUUAUUGCUGUAUCGUCAACUUGUAGAGCAGGCGAUGGAACAGUAUAAGAUGGUAGAGAAAGGAUCCAAGUCCAAAGCCUUUUCGGACGAUGCAUUGGCAGAUUCCGGGGAGCCAAAGGAAGAGAAUGAUGCCACAAGAUUUGUGCGAGAUUCGCUGGAUGAGAUUCAGCGGCAGGAGGAGAUUCGUGAGGCAGAAUUGGAGAGGCUUAGUUCCGGUAAAAAAGGUAGGAGAAGCAGUCCGGCCACUGAUGAGAGACGAAAGGAGAUUGAGACCACUUUAAGUCAUCACCAUUGGCAUACCGAGAAGUUGGAGCUCAUUCUACGACUUCUUGAAAACCGGGUUCUUAAAUCUGACGAUGUGAUGGCCAUCAGUGAUGACUUACAAUACUAUCUUGAGGACAACCAGGAUCCUGAUUUUAUCCACGACGAUAUUAUGUACGAUGAUCUUGACUUGGAUGCCAAUGCUGCGAUAGCUCAUGAGGUGCAUACAUCGUUUGUUGUACCUCCGGUUAUUUCUGAAUCGCCGGUGACAACACCACCACCAACAGAAACAGCAGGCGUUUCAGAGGAAAAAAGUGUAUUGAAGGAGUCCACGCCGAAAAGUAAGACCACCAGUAAGAGUGGAAGCAAGUCCAGCUCACCUGCUCCUCGUCAGGCUAUUCACACUGCUGCACCCGUUUCUACUGAUUCCGGUAGAAAUACACCAGUGCAUUCGUAUUCGAUACAAGCAUCGUCCAUAUCGUCUGUUCCUACGCUGGCCACUCUCAAACCGGCCCCUGUUCCUAAGCCUGCCACGGACAUUAAGUGGUCUGCUGCCGUGAAUGCUGCUGCGCGUGUCAGCCAACGUGGUGCUAAGUCGACGCCAGAGCAGACCAGUUCAGCCAUGAAUCUGAAUGCCCAGAAUGCUGCCAGUGUGUUGGAGGCUCUAAAGAAACAGAAACCACGUGAUGGUGCUCCCGUGCCUACUUCUUCUGACUCUGCUGCAUCCAGUAGACCUACUUCUGCUGCCACUUUGGUGCCGUCUCUGGCAGAUACAACUGCACAAACGUCGCUACCAACAACUCCUCAGCGGUCAGAAACUGCUGCCAAAAUAGUCGUCGAUAGUUCUGUUGGUACUGCCUUCAAUGAUGCUGCCAGUGACUCCUCGUUCCGUUUCCUUCCUCCAGGAAUCCAGUCAAUGAUUCUCUCUUCUGCUAUCGCGCGUGACAGAGCCGAUUCCGGUAAAACGCCGCUCAUGCUCCACAUGGUAUCGAUGUUGUCGAUACCCAGAGGCAUCUCUCCUCUGCCGGCAAGCACAUAUCCUCCAGGCUUGGAGGCUCAACGUGUGUCAACGGUAUGGAACCAGAUAAGAGCCUCGAACAAUAUCGAGAUGGACGCACAAAAUGUGGACACUGCUACUCUAUUUUAUGCAUACUAUUUUGGGUUGUCAUUGAAGGAAAGAGAAGUGGCAACUGCUGUCUUGAAUGGUAGAGAGUGGAAGUGUAGUAAGGACAGAACCACGUGGUAUCAAAGGCAUUCGGAUGUCAAAGUCCACGGCGAUGGCUUUGAAGUUGCCGACUACAACUUGUUUUCUGCUCUUCAGUGGAAUCUCUCUGAGAAGAGAAACUUCAAGCUGGAGUACUAA